GGGGACAAGGAAGAACAGCUCCAAGGGAAAGUGAGCAGGCCUCUACCUUCUCCUAGAUGAGGGGGCGGUAGGAAGACACCUCAGAGCCUCCAGACGAAGGAAUGAGAAGGGUCCAGAUCUGUGAGGGAAUAAAAGAGAGCUUGGAGUACCUCACAGAGGUAGAAAGCAGGGUGAUCUGGCCUGUCGCGGAUGGGGAAACCUGAGUUUUUGAGGCCCGGGGAGAAGCAUUCCCAGCUAUCUGACUUCAUGUGAAAGAUGGCUAAUGCAGAAGUGAGUGUCCCAGUGGGGGAUGUGGUUGUGGUACCCACUGAAGGAAAUGAAGGGGAGAACCCUGAAGACACUAAAACCCAAGUGAUCUUGCAGUUACAGCCUGUGCAACAAGGGAUUUAUGAAGCUGGCUCUGAGAACAAUACGGCAGUUGUAGCAGUAGAAACUCACACAAUACACAAAAUUGAAGAAGGGAUUGAUGCAAGCACUAUAGAAGCAAAUGAGGAUAUGGAAAUUGCUUACCCCAUAACUUGUGGGGAGAGCAAAGCCAUUCUCCUUUGGAAGAAGUUUGUAUGUCCAGGAAUAAAUGUAAAGUGUGUCAAGUUCAAUGAUCAGUUGAUCAGCCCCAAGCAUUUUGUUCAUCUGGCUGGCAAAUCCACCCUGAAGGACUGGAAGAGAGCUAUUCGUCUGGGUGGAAUCAUGCUCAGGAAGAUGAUGGACUCCGGACAGAUUGAUUUUUACCAACAUGACAAGGUUUGCUCCAAUACCUGCAGAAGCACCAAAUUUGAUCUGCUAAUCAGCAGUGCAAGAGCGCCAGUGCCAGGACAGCAGACAAGUGUGGUGCAGACACCCACUUCGGCCGAUGGUAGCAUCACACAGAUUGCCAUCUCAGAAGAGAGCAUGGAAGAGGCAGGGCUGGAAUGGAACUCAGCUCUCACUGCCGCUGUCACCAUGGCCACAGAGGAGGGCAUGAAGAAAGACUCAGAGGAAAUUUCAGAGGACACUUUGAUGUUCUGGAAAGGAAUAGCUGAUGUAGGACUGAUGGAAGAGGUUGUCUGCAACAUACAGAAGGAAAUAGAGGAGCUACUUAGGGGAGUUCAGCAGCGGCUCAUCCAGGCUCCCUUCCAGGUCACAGAUGCUGCUGUUCUUAAUAAUGUAGCACAUACAUUUGGCCUAAUGGACACAGUCAAGAAGGUUUUGGACAAUAGGAAGAGCCAAGUAGAACAGGGAGAAGAGCAGUUUCUCUAUACUCUCACAGACUUGGAACGCCAGUUGGAAGAACAGAAGAAGCAAGCCCAGGAUCACAGGCUGAAAUCCCAGACAGUUCAAAAUGUGGUACUGAUGCCUGUGAGCACUCCUAAGCCUCCCAAAAGGCCCCGGCUCCAGCGGCCAGCCUCCACCACCGUCCUGAGCCCUUCUCCUCCUGUCCAUCAGCCUCAGUUCACAGUCAUCUCACCCAUCACCAUCACGCCAGUGGGUCAGUCAUUUUCCAUGGGCAAUAUUCCAGUGGCCACCCUCAGCCAGGGCUCCAGUCCUGUGACUGUCCACACACUGCCUUCUGGCCCUCAGCUCUUCCGUUAUGCCACAGUGGUCUCCUCAGCCAAGAGCAGCUCACCAGACACAGUGACCAUCCACCCUUCGUCUAGCUUGGCGCUGCUAAGCUCCACUGCCAUGCAGGAUGGCAGUACCCUGGGCAACAUGACCACCAUGGUGAGCCCUGUGGAGCUGGUGGCCAUGGAGUCUGGCCUAACCUCGGCCAUCCAGGCGGUUGAAAGCACCUCAGAGGAUGGGCAGACCAUCAUUGAGAUUGACCCAGCCCCAGACCCAGAGGCUGAGGAUGCUGAGGGCAAAGCAGUCAUUUUGGAGACCGAACUGAGGACUGAGGAGAAAGUCGUGGCUGAGAUGGAGGAACACCAGCAUCAAGUCCACAAUGUGGAAAUCGUGGUCUUAGAGGAUUAACUGGGGAUCUCGGGGCCAGGAGAUACGUUUUGGUUUGGAAUUUUAAUUAUUUGUUUAUUUUUAUCAUUGUCCCACUCAUUUCCACAUAGGAUCCUUUUUUUUAAGAAACAAGAUCUGAUUGUUGUAACUGAACAUAUUGGGUCCCUUCCAGCCCCUCACUGAAAAAUGGACAAAACAAGGUGCCCUUCUGGAAGUUGAGAGUAGGUCAUUCAAUGUCCUAACCAUCUUACAUCAAGAGAGUUAUUUCUUUGAGGGGAGGCAUCAAGAUAACCCGAAACCCUAUCCAGAAGUCACUUUCCAGGCUAGUCUCUCUGUGCACACAUGUGGUUUUAGUCUCAUAAAGGUGCAUUGACCAAACCAGGGAACACAGAUCUGACCCUGGAAGGCAACCCACUCACACAUGGAUGCAAAAGUAUACUUAAUUUUGUAUCCUGGAACAAGCCCUCAGAGGCCAGUGCAAAACCCCCAAACAAAAGUGAGUUGAACUCUGCUUCGAGGGGGAGGUAACAGACUAGCAGAAGCUUAAAAAGGGAAGUGCUUUGGCCAAGAUGGGGCAAGGAAAUUAUCUUACUUCCAGAAGUGCAACUGAUGCCUCUUGUUAUCUCUGAGGGUUACCACCAUGGGUGCCAUUUUGAGGCAAUGCCAGUGUUAAGCGGAAGGGUACAUUUUCAUCAAGUAGGUGGCGUCAGGGACCUGCAGCUUGGCAGAGAUAAGAAUCCAGAGAUGUCAUAGCUGUGCUUUGGGACUCAGGCUUACCUUGCAGCCUGCUCUGUCAAAGCACUUACCCUCCUAGUCCAUUCAUUUGCAAACUGUGUGAUGUGGUAUAAAAUCGCUCUGGUCCUUAGACUGUGGCUGUUCGCGGGGUGGGGCUCCAAGGCCAUCAUUUUUAUUGCAUGACUCCAGGAGCAGGAGAGUUCCUCUUCCAGACCAACUGCCCUUUUUUGCGGGGCCCUUUCUUGACUUUGGAACCAAAAGCAGCCACUUCUUUGGUGCUUCCUCUUGUUUUCCCCUCUAUCCCUCAAUGGUUAAUGGCAUCUGUCUCCUGGAUCCCACGCUCUUCAGCUUUUUGGCUGAUUCAGAGAACAGUGACAGGUGGCUGCCUGCCUUCAUCCCCUUUUAGAUUCAUUUAUACCAUUUAUACCACAGAUGUUUCUGUGAGAUAUUGAGCUCAUAAAAGACCCUUAGGUUUGGCAGGGAGGACUCAGCACCCCAGUCUAUCAAAUAGAUGUCUCCUCCUGAGCGAGCUGGACUCCCUGGGAAAGAAGCGUUGUCUGCAACAUUAUAUUAUAGGAAGUGUACCAGGAAUGUAAUCAUAAUGUCUUUGGGUGGGGAGGGGGUAUUUUGUUUUGUUCUUUUUUAAAUGUUUUUGUAUAUUUGGAGCUGGGCCCAUUUUCUGUGCUGUGAUUCUUUCUCUUUGACCAUCUUCAGUGUUUGGGGCAAGAGUGGACCCUGGUUUUUAUUUCUAAAGAUUGCAUUGUUUACUGCACUAGGAAAAAUAUAGGGAAACUGCAGACCAUUUAAAGGAAAAGUAGGUCAAAAAAGAAAGCACACAACUUAGGAGUGGGAGGUCUUUUUUUUUUUUUUUUUUAAUUAAAAACAAAACUUUGACCUAUAGUUUCCUUUUUUUUUUUUUGAAGGCACCCACCUGAAGCCAUGUUUCCUCCAACGGAUGUUGGAAACCCUAUUGUUAAGCAAGUGAAAACUGCGUUCUGCCACCCCUCCUAUAGCUAUGCAUAGCUAGGGAAGCCUUCUAACUUGGAAGGGUUAAUCUUAAAAGGCUUAAAGGUGAAAUUUCUGAAUCCCAUGCAGUUGUGGUUUUCAGCUUUAAGAUUGUCCAGGGUUUUGUUUUUCUUUUCAGAAUAGUCAUUAGACAUAGCAAUCAAUUUAGAACAAAGCUUUGGCCCUUAAUAUAUCUUUAGUGAGGGAAAUGACUUUUAUUUCUUGCUUCUUUAGAUUUUCUGUUGGUACAUAAAAACAAAAUUUCUGCCUAAAUCUAAAACUACUACUUGAACCUAGAAAGGCACAUGUCAUCCCUAUUGUGGCUUUUAAGGAUACUUUUCUCUUUCCCAGAGACAACAGGCUUAACUCUGGACAGAGGAGGAGCCCUAGAGAACACCUACGUGCUAGCUCAGGUUCCUUUCUUUCUUGUUUCAGAGACGUUGGUACUGUUUUAAAGUAGUGUGAGCAUCAUGCUUCCUAAGUCAAGAGAUCGCCUCCUAAAGACAGAGCCUGUUUACUUUCACUCUGAAUAUUCCACCUGGUGGAAAUACAUGAGCUUUGUUGUUUUCCUGGUCUUCCAAUAGCCUGUCAUUAUUGCUCAAUGCUAUGUACCCGUUGUUGAGUGUGGGUUUCCUCAUAGCCCUGGUCUAAAUGAUCUCAGAUGGGGUGAGACACAUGCAAGCCACUGGUAUGUGCACAAGCAGUUGCAAUGACUCAUUCCUCAGGCUGAGCUCUCAGUAGCCAUCCAUCUUUCUAUUCACUCACUAAGUAAAUGUUUGUAAGUGUCACCUAUGUGCCAGGCUUUGUGCUAGGCACUCCCAGUACAGAGAUGAAGGCUCACUCAGUCCAUGCACUCAAGGGACUCAUUCUCCAGAGACUGUCUGGAGUUAAGAACUAUAUUUCAAUAUAAUUGGUUUCCUUUGUAACCCUAUAUAUUUUAUUUCAUGCACUGAUAAAUAUUGUUCCGAGAGCUAGUCCAUAGAUUUCAGAAGGCUACCAAAGGUACAAAAUGGUUAAGCCUUUCUCUAGGGAGAUAAUGAAACUAAUCAUCCGAUGGGAUAAGUGCAGUGACAGAGCUCUUGGCUAGGAGAAGAGAGAACAAAGGGUCAAGCAUCUAACCCAGCUUGGAGGCAGGGAUCAGUAAAUAAUGGGAGUACUUUCUGGAGAAGAUGUAUACCUAACCUGAUUUAGGACAGAUCAUUUUUGGCUACUUUUUUGCAUUCCAUUUUCAAGUUGUUGGACUUAGGUAUACAAGAAAGGGGAAAAAAUCCGCUGUCUUGUUGCUUCUGCCUCCAGAGCUAGGCAGAGUCAGCAGCUCAGACAGUCUCUCCUGAGGGCACUCCACUGGAGAAAGCCCAGUCAUGCAUCAGCUUCUCAGAGUUUCCAGCAGAUGAAUCCAGUAUAGGACUGGACUUUUAGCUGGUAGAAAGUAAAUGCCCCAAACGUUCUUACCAUGUGGUUUUCACAAAGGCCUCAGAAGCAACUGUUCAGCUGUCUUGCCUUGGCCAUGCCCCUGUCUGGUGCGUGCCUGUUCUCUCCCUUUUCAAUUUCCAGGCUCUGUCCCUGGCCCCUUCCCCAAUUAAAACAAAGCUCCCUGCCAUUUGAAGUUAAAAAGGAACAAUAGACUUGAAUAUUUAAGAUUUC